AUGGCUGUCGACGUUGAGGAGCUCAUUCUUGCUCCUUUCCGUGAGGUUGUAGAGAGAGGGGAAGAAUCUGCAAGAAAUGCACACGAAGCACAAGAUGAGGAUCCAGCAACAUCGCGGGAGAUGACCAAGUCGGCAAGCACCAUCACGAAAGAAGGCCAACGGGCAUUGAAGAGGUUACAGCCUUUGUGGAACAGCCAAUUUGAGAAGCAUGGGGAUGUCUUCAAAGAUACUAUCGCUGAAAACGAGAAGCGAAGAGCACUUGAAGAACUGCUGUACGACUUUGAGGAUUACAUAGAAUUGGACACUUUCGACUCGACUAAGUUUACCGAUCUUCAGACUGCCACUAGAACCUUUGCUCUGGUUGUACUGGACGCUGUCCAGAGAGUGAAGAUCGACGUCAAAGUUCCGACCACGCCGGUGCACAAGUUUCCGCCAUUGCCGCCUCUUCCACCAUUACCACCGCAGUUGGCUCGAUCACUAAAUGCCAGCCCGCAGAGUCGGCCGACACCGCCUUCGCGAGGCGGAAGUCACGGAGCCGCGAACAUGCCAUCAUUUCCUGCUGUGCCACGGCAACCCAAGCCGCAGGUCAGUCGAAGUCGAACAAGAGGCUCACACGGAUCAUCAGAUGGUGCAACAGCGAGGCGAAAUCACUCAAUAGCCGAGUCAACAGAUUCCGACCCUGCGUCCUCUCGUGGAUUCCCAAGUGCCGUAACUUCCAGCAGUGAAGGCCGACGGCCGCCAUCACCAGGUGUUCUCAGCGAUGGAAUAGGCCAGCUGCGGAUCGUCACAUCACCAGAACCUUUACAACCGCGGACAUCGGAUUGGGUUGAAGAACAGACCUCGGCUCCUAAGUCUAGACGACCUUUCCGUGGAAGCAUCCCUGAGAAUUCCGCUGUGGCUAGUAAUGCCUUUGGCGAUAACACAUUCGUAUCCGGGGUCAAUCGAAGAGGCUUUGACACGGUGACGCCGCAAAGCUCGGUAUUUGAUCCAACAAGCCCUUCAAUUACAAACAGAACAUCGAUCUACUCGGAUGUCCCAACUUACUCUUCCAACGUAACUUCGCCCAAACUUCCAACCAUCGAUGUGCGGAUGUCACCAAACGCGGCGACAAAGGUUGACCCAGCCCUUGCCAUCAAUUUCCCGUUUUCGGAGCUCUUUACCGACGGACUGAUACUAGCUGAUGAACAAGCAGCCUCGGAAACCAGCACGCAACACUUGAGAUCUGUCUCGACAAUGGAAAAGGAAGAAGGAUGUUUGAUAGGGCCGAAGAGCUCUUUCCACCAACUCAAAGGAUUCUGUGACGGCGCACAAACAUUCCGCCGAGGAGGAUAUUGGCAUGGUAUCAAGCAGACUAUGACCUGGGGCGAACCCCUUCCAAUUGGCCGGUGUCUAGAUUGCGAGUAUCAUCAUUUGAACAGAUCGCUAACUCUGGACAAAGAGGGUGACUCCCGGGCAAACUUUCUGAAGUAUGGCAUACUCUACCGUGUACGCUUGCUCUUCAAAUCACACAUCACGGUGAAAACAACAGCGGAAAUCCGAUACGCGUGUCUUUUCUGCACCCACAUCGGGCGCACUGUCCGCGAAGGGGACGCAACCGUCUUCCAGAGCGCAGACCAUCUCCUUCAACACCUCUCUCGCCAUCCACAUCCUCUCCCCGAAGUUCCCGGCGUCACUGUCUUGUAUGGUCAAAUCGACAAAGACCAUCAUCAAGUCGAGGACUAUGACGUCCACUUCCCAUCGCCUCCGGCCCCAAGUUCUUUCCCCGAAAAUGACAUCCUAGCCCAAUUCCCCAUCGCUACGGCUUUGAAGAGCCACGUUCAGCGGAAGGGUGAAAACUUGUUGGCCCCCGAUGGUAGCUCAAAUGUUCUCACAUUCUUCAUUGGCGCAAAGAUUGUCGGUAUUGAGUUUCCAGAGCAAUGGGGCGGCAAGUGGUGCACUGGGUGGCACGAUGGCGUGCAAGGUCCUUUUCCAGCCAAAUGCAUUGAGAUUGAGAGCCCAAAGCAGAAUGAGAUCUCAUUCCAAGCUACGAGCGCGGUAUCUAUCACCACGAGAUGGAAAUGGGACCCUCCCGACAACUCGCGGGCAGGCUGGCUGGCAUUUGGGAAGGGGGAAGUGAUCAGGAAUGUUGGAUGGCUUUACCAAGAUCAUUGGUGUUGGUCUGGGACAAAUAGCAAAGGGAAGUUUGGCAUCUUCCCUCAGUCUCACAUAGGCCCCCAGUCUCUGAAGGAGGGUUCUUUACCACCGACCGUGAAGCGGCCACAACCCAGUGGCCCCAUGAGGUUGUUUAGUCGAAGAAGAAAAAGUACUAGUACGGCCUCCUCAAUGAGUGGAGAUGCUUAA